AUGCUUGAUAAGGAAUCCCAAGAGUAUGAAAAUGCGCAAAGUGAGCUAAGUGCUCAGAGUGUCCAAAUUGCCCUAAGUAAAUAUAGCAACACCGAGAGCGAAAAAAAGAAAAGGAUGCAAAAAUUAAAAGAUGCAUUUGUAAAAUGCCCUAACGAUUUAAAAACGUACUUAUACAAUAUUUGUGUUAAUUUUUCGUACAGUGAUAUUUAUCAAGAAUAUAUUAGCAGACUGAGCUUAAAUACAUACAACAACUGUGACUACGAUCAAAUAAGAAGUAGUUCUUAUAUAUCUAAAAAAGAUUUUCUAAAAUAUUACAAUUUCCAAUUUUAUGAUAAUAAGUUUGAAUUAGAAUCUGACGAAUAUUAUGAGGACACACUUUUUGAAGACUCAGAUAAUUUUAGUGAUAUGGAGGAGGUGGGAAGGUAUGUACUAGCACGAUGUAUGGUAAAUACAUACAAUGGUCAGACAAGUAAAAUGAAAAAUUUACUACUAUCAAAACCUCAGUAUGAAGUUGCUCCUUCAUAUCGAAAGAAGAGAGGUAAGGAAUGGGCAAUCCAGAAACCUCAUGUUGAUGGAAAAAUUGAAAGAAAAAAAAAUAAUAAUAAAUGUAGAGGAAUGGGAGUAGAAAUAGGACAAGGAGAGAGAAAAGAAGAAGGAAAAAGUGCGAAGAAUACUAAUUCAAAAUCGUAUACGUCCCAACUGCUAAAUCUAAUUAGCCAGCGGAAUUCCCACAGGAGUAAUGCCCAGAGUAGCAGUAAUUGCAGCAAUGCAAGCAGCGACAGUGGUUUCAGUGGCAGCUCUGAGGAAGUCUUGAGAGCACACAUGAGAAGAGAACAAAAUUGCUGGAACAAAAUGAUAACAAGGAAGUGUUUUUCAGUUGUUACCCAUGUAAAAGACCCAAGGGAGUAUUCUUUUAUGCCCUUUAAUUUUUACUCUUUUAAUAAUUACGAUAUUAAUAGGAAGAAAAUAAAGAAUUCAUGUAAUAACAAUUACUUUUAUAUGCUAGAUAAUUUGGAGGAAGCUCAAAAGGAUCAGUGUGUUGAAAAGUAUUACAAGUACAUGAACAAAAUAGUAGAUAAGGAAUAUUUCAAAAUAAGCAAAAGUGGAGAGGAGAAGAAAAUAAAAAAAAAAAAAAAAAAAAAAAAAAAAGUAGAGCAGCAGCAACAACAACAACGAAAACAACGACAUGUACGUGUACAUGCUCAUGGAAUGAUCAGACAUGGGUACAAAAAUAAAUACGAAACGGAGAAUAGCUCAAUGUUUAAAAGCGAUAAAAGGUUGGUGUGGAAUGAGGAAAAUAUGAAUACAGAUAAAAAGGACGAAUGUGUAGUCCCAUUGGAAGAUUUACACACAACUGAGUGGGGAAAAACGCCAAAUAAAGCAAAUGAAAAAGAUGCGGUAAACGCAUAUUUCGAACAGCAGAUGAAGGGGACAAAUGUAGACAAAUCAAAGAGCUGUAGUCUCUAUAGCAACAAGAGCAUAAAAAGAUUAUGUUCUGAAGAAAUAGAAAUAUUUUUUAAAAAAGCUUUAAAAAAUGAAAUUAUAAAUUUUAAUCAGAAAAGGAUUGACAAUAGAGAUAGAUGGAAUUCGUUAUAUCAAUUUAUAUGCUCUUGUUUAGGUGCCUCUUUAGCUACUCAGUGUUACUUAGAUCUACCUGAGUUAACAUCAGGAUUAGAUUACAUACUGCUUUUACUGCUAGUCCUAUUUUGCUAUAUUUUUAUAGGUUUACCAUUAGUACAAAUCGAAUAUGCAUUAGGACAAGUAUCACAAAGUUGUAUAGUAAACAGCUUGAGCUUUUUGAAAAAAAAAUAUAGGGGAAUAGCAAUAAUUUCUUUAAUAGUAUCCUUUCAUGUAUUAACGAAAAACAUUAACACCAGCAUAGACACGGCAAUAAUUAUUGCAGGUUCGCUCAAGAAACCCUUGUCAUGGAAUAUGAGAGAUUGUGAGGGAAUCUUGCACAGAAUGAACUGCAUUAAGAAUGACAAGUGCAAAUGGGUGGGGGUACCCGCCGACAAGGGCUCUGGAAUGGGUGAUAAUUACAGUAGUACACAUAGCAGUAGUUAUAGUAGCCAACAUAGCUAUAGCAACUACAGUGGAAACAAUGACAAGCAUGUUUUUUUGCAGAACUUCGAGGGUAAAACUUCCAUUAGUGGUAAGCAGUGUGUAUCAGCUGGGAUUUCAGAAGGGGUGAGUUAUUUGUCGGAAAAAAUAAAAUUUGUGUGGAAAUUUUGCUCCCUAUGUGUAAUCAUUUUAAUUUUAUAUUUUUUAUUAAUAAUAGAAGGAAUGUCACUGCAUCAGGGUUUACGGUAUUGUUUUUUUCUCUUUUUCACUAUUUCUUUUUUUCAAAUGUUUCUACUGUAUUCUGAAGUACAGCAAAAGCGGGUACAGUUAGCAAUAGAGGGAAAUAAUAUGAUAAAUGCCAAGUUUUAUAACACCAUAUUUUUUAGUGAAGAUAAUUUUCUUUACUUAAAUUUUCCACUCAUAGCCCAAAUAUUUAGCAUCGUACUACUCUCUCUUAAUUGUUCUACUGGAAUAAAUUAUAUGUUUUCUUCAUAUACAAAUAUAGGAACAAAUAUUUUAAUUUCUGCUUGGUAUGUUAUAUUUGGUUCAUGUAUAAGCACAAUAAUACAUUUCGCUUAUUACUAUUUAUGUUUAGACCUUAGUACCAAUUUUGCAUCAGUUAACGAAAACAAAGUUAUGGUAAACCAUUUGCUUAAUGACGUUUACAGAAUAGUAUUCCCUAUAAGCAGUUCCUCUUCUUCUGUAGAUUUUUUAAUUUUAAAAAAAAAUAAAUAUUUCCUAAUAUCCCAUAGUAUAUAUAUAGUUGCCUUAUCAAGAGUAAAAUUUUCCAAUAUAAUGAGUUUUGCAUAUUUUCUUUCUUGUACUUGUGUAUUACUUACAACUUGUGCUAUACAUUUAAAAGGAGUAGUCAUGAUAUUAAAGGAAAGUAAUAAAUUUAAAAAAGUUAAGAAAAAAUUUAUUAGUCUAUUUAUAAUUAUCGUAUAUUUCUUCCUAGGAAUAUAUAGUUUAUUCCCUUUUGGGUAUAAUACUAUUUCACUACUAAACUACGUAAUAUUACAUUAUAUUUACUUGUUUGUUAUUGUUCUACAAAUAGUUGUCAUAACAUGGUCAUAUGCAUAUGAACAUACAGGAAAAAUAAUAAAUAAAAAAGGGUUACAGUAUUACUGUUUUUUUUUCUUUUUUUUUAUUUCACUCUUGGUAAGUAUACCUAUUUUGCUUUAUUUUUAUAAACACAUCUUUCCAAACUUUUAUUUUUUAAUGUCUUGUUUAUCCUUCUUGUUUAUACUAAUUGUAUGUGUUAAUGUAUUUGUCCUUCUAAGAAUUAAAACUAACACACGGUUGAGAGAAAAGAUGUAUUUCUUUUAUAUAUAUAACAUGGACUUGUUAAGGAAAAGGAUAAAUAAUAUACUGGUUGGGAAAAGUCGAACCUAUGAUUUGCAUAAAAAAAAAUAUAAAAUUAGCAAUUUCUUCCAAGAAUUGACAAUCCCAUGGUGCUAUCUAUUGAAAUAUUUUAUUCCGUCAAUUUUAACUAUUUUAGUGUUUUCUAAUUUUUUGUAUGCCAUUCAUAUUUUAGGCCUUAGCAGGAGUAGCAGCAUUCAAAGGAGUUUCCAUAAUACUCAGAUACAGGAGAAGGAUCAUCCAGAACAGGUCCAUAUGGUCCCCUUUAUCCGUAUGCCUAAUUUAAGGACGUCGAAAGGCAAAAAUCGAGAGAGCCAACAUGGAGGCAGCGUAGAGCAAUGGGGUGCCUAUAUCAAAAGUCAUUGGGGGGAAAAAAAGAAUAAUCCCAAUUUACAUGACCAUGGACAGGUAACAAAAUUUACACUAAUGAUUGGUAGUGAUGAAGAUGUAAAAAAAGGUGUGCAUACAACUGUAGAAGACAAAAAAAGCAAAUCAGAUUAUUUCUUCAAAUGUUCCAUGCAGUUUGUCGUUACUGUGUUGUUAUUACUGCUUACGUUUGUUGUUUCUUUAAUUUCUUUUUUAUAUCCUGGGAAAAUUAGUAUAUUCAUUUGUCCUCCAACUAAUAUGUGGAAAAUUAGUGAUAUACAUUUAAAAAAACAAAAACCACUAAAUUGUUUGUAUACAAGACGUAUAUUUUUCUUUGAAGAAAUUUUACCAAUUGAAAAAAUUAUGCCUGUUUAUGUAUGGCGUCAUAUAGAGAAGCAUAUAAACAGGGAGAACUUUAUAUCCUCCUUACAAAGAGAAAAUGAAAAUAACGAAACUAUUCAUGAUAAGACUUACACAUAUUUAAGUAAAAAUGAAUUUGAGAAUUACAUUUUCGACUUAAUCGCUCGAGGUUCUAAUUUGUGUGACUUUACGGAUAGACAACGAGGGCCGUAA